AUGGCGGAACGCACAUCCAUCGGCGCGCCGGGCAAGCGCGUUGUCCCAAACCCAAGUGCCAGUGUGAUGCUGCUCGACCCAACAAACGAGCUGCUGCUCCUUCACCGUGUUCAGACAUCUACGGCGUUCCCGUCCGCCCAUGUCUUUCCCGGAGGAGGACUGAGCGAGCACCACGAGCAAGUACCAGCUGUUGACUCUCCCGCACGACACAUCGAUGGGCCCGCGUAUCGCCUCGCAGCCAUCCGAGAGACGUUUGAAGAAAGCGGCAUCCUCCUGGCCCUGACGGCAACGGGCCAGCUGCUCAACCUUCCCGAUGACGUGCGCGAGGAGGGCCGCAAGGCGAUCCAUGGUGACAAGGUUAGGUUCACCGAAUGGGUGAAGAGUAUGGGCGGUAUUCCGGAUGUGGACGGCUUGAUACCCUUCACACGCUGGAUAACCCCGACCACACUGGCCAAACGCUUUACCACCCAGAUGUACGUCUACAUGCUCCCCCUGUCCUCCAACUUGCGGAAGGAGAGCAUUGUGCCGACCCAUGACGGCGGACUGGAGCACACUGCCGCGACGUUCGCGCCGGUUCGAUCAUGGCUCGACCGUUCAGCCAGCGGUGAGAUUAUCCUGUUCUCGCCCCAGCUCUUCCUCGUCACCCUCCUCGGCCAGAUCUUCACUGGCGGAACAGACUAUGUCGCACAGCGACAGCGCCUGGUCGAGUUUCUCAACACGACGCCCACGGGACCCUCGGGCCACGCGACAUCUUCCAUCCCAUGGAAGGACAAGGUUAUUUCGCCAGCCCGCAUGCCACAUGUACGCGCCGACGGACGGUUCACGCUCCGCCUCGACCACCCAGGGCCCGAGCUGGCGCACACGGCGCGAGGUGGGGACUGGGACCGUGUGGCCAUCAUCCGCUCUACGAAGCGUGGGCCGACAGACAACGAGAUUCGGUGGAGACGCGACGUGGUCGACAGUGAUGGAAACCCAAUGGAGAUUAGAGGUGCCAAGUUGUAG